CGUCUGAAUGAUGGAAGUUAGUGAAGUGCCCCAAAUGCAUCAACAAUCGAUGCAAUCAAUAUCACAGCAACCGUUGCAAUCUCAACUACCGUUGGAUUUUAGUGUCACGAUGGUGAAUAUUAAGCUUAACAAUGUCAGCAUGAGUCCGACCGGUGCCAAUAAUAACAAUAACAACAUCAGUGUGAUGAUUGGCAAAGGUGGAACCACGGAAUCUGUGGCCGUAACCGAUGAAAACAAGGCUAAUUCGCUGAACGGAGUUAACAUUUCUAGACCGAUGAGUCCGAAUGUGUUACUAACGGUGAACAGUAAUCCUUCGGUAAAUGGAAAUGGUAGCAGCAACGGUUCGUCGACGACGAGCGCGUUCAAGGUAGUGACACCGAGGGGAAAAGCCGACGCACCGACUAUACCUGCAAACGGAUUCUCGCCUUUAAUUUUCAACAAUGAUCUGCUGGUAAAUCACUAUCGCCGUUUGCUUCAUCCAGCGGCCGUACCCCGACUUCCGAGCGGUGCCAACGGUUAUAAUGAUGUGCCUGACAAUCCACCCAAAAUGGGACAUAGAGACGAAAUCAAGUUCGGAGUUAGCCGUUUGGUUAAAAACGAAUCAGAGGAUGAAGACAACAACAAUGUUUAUCAUCACCCUUCCCAUCAUACUCAACAACAUUUACCCCUGCAUGCCACCCAUCUGCAGCAACAAGCCUUGAACGGUCAGAAGCUGUCCACAUUAUCAAGUGGAUACGACUCGAGUGCCCUCAGCAGUCGAUCUCGGUCCCGCAGUAGAUCGCGUUCACGUGAUCGCUCAACCCGCUCACGAUCCUCCUCCAUCGAGCUGGAAGUCGACUCACCUCCUCCGCCGCGGAUUAACCCUUCCCCGACGACCGAAGUUCCACAUGUUCCAAAAAACUCCGAAGCCUUCUCGGUGUCGGCGUUGCUGAAGCGCGAAGUCGAACCGAAGUCAAAGUCUCCCCUUUCCAAUGGAUCAUUCGAUUCGAUUAGGCCAAAUUAUACCCAAUUCUACGAACAAAGCAUCCUCAACAGACCCUUGUUUCCGCCGUUUCCGUUCUUUGCUAUGCUGCAACAGCAAGGACAUCAGUUGAACCCGGCGUUGGCAAACUAUCACCCAUCAACCCCGGAGGAUAUACUGCGGUUACGUCACUUUAUGACACAAAAUGCGGCGGUAGCAUCGGCCGGUGCUGGAGGAGCACAUAUGGACUUCAGUCACCCACAUCACCCUCACCAUUUGCUAAUGCGACCUGAUGUGCACCCACGCAGAACUCACAACGGAAAGCGACCGUACGCCUGCGAGCUGUGCAACAAAUCGUUCGGCCAUGAAAUCAGUUUGAAUCAGCACAGGGCUGUGCACAAUGUGGAGAAAGUGUUUGAAUGUAAACAGUGUGGCAAAGCCUUCAAGCGUUCCAGCACGCUAUCGACACACCUACUUAUACACAGCGACACCCGGCCGUACCCUUGCGGGUUCUGUGGGAAACGAUUCCACCAAAAAAGUGACAUGAAGAAGCACACUUAUAUUCAUACCGGCGAGAAACCCCACAAAUGUCAGGUGUGUGGAAAAGCCUUCAGCCAAAGCUCGAACCUCAUAACGCACUCGCGCAAACACACCGGCUACAAACCAUUCCAGUGUGAGCUCUGCCACAAAGCAUUCCAGCGAAAGGUGGACUUGCGACGUCACAAGGAGACGCAGCACACGGAAAUACGCACCAUGGUCAACUAACCCAAGGCCAGACCGGAGUUCACUAUGACAGCGAUCACCUCGGCUAGCUCCGGUGCUGGA